UGAGCCAACGAAGGACUAACACCGAUCCGAAACACGCCUCCAAUUCAUUCGCUGGCUAGAGCCUCCUUGAACAAGCGGAGCUGCUAGUAACACAUUUGCUGCGUUUGCUGCGAGUUACACCGCAAACAUGGCUACAGAUCGCUUCCCCGCCCCUCCCACGGAAGCUUCCACGUAUCUGCAGCAGGCGCCCACCAAUGGUAUUUAUACAGCUCCGUCGCACAAAAGACAGCCAUCCCAUGUUGUGAAGUCCGCUGCGCCGGAUUACUACGAGGAUAACGACUUUUACGCCAACCCCAACAAUUCAAGGCCACCGCCGCCCUACCCAGCCAAUUCUAGCAGGGUUCAAAGCCACCAUAGGUCGCGUUCAUAUUCUACCAGAAGCAAAAGCUACAGGAGAGACGUGUAUCCAGAAGACAACAUGGAAGAAGGAGAAAAUUUACCAACGCCGGACCGCCCAGUAUGGUCUGAAAAGCGCUCGAAAUCAUCGGCCACGAGAGCUGACAAGCACGGCGCUGAGGCACAAAAGGCCUCUUUAUCCUCAAAUAGUCAGCCAUCCCCAGUAAGUCGGUCGAGCACAGUCCGCUCUGCAACCGAACAGCGACGGGACUGGGCAUCCGAUCGCUCGCCGCUUCAAAAGCUCGAGACCACUUAUACGGGUGCGAGCAAGGAAGAGAAGCGGGCACGGGCUUUAGAGGCUGAAAUGAAACUGAGGGAACGGAUGAAACGGCAGACUGAGAGUCGUGCGGCAGCAAUGGCGCAGCCUUCUGACUCACUAGAGAGCGUUGAUAAGAGAGCAGUCCCCGGACGAAUGGCCGAGCCAAGACCAGCACAGGGAGCAAAGCGAUCGCAUCAUCGGCAUGCGGCUUCUGAAGGACACACUGGAUACAGUCCCGAAGGGCCAGACUCUUCCGAAAGAGCCAGGCCGCCUCGCAGCCGAAUGCCACCUUCACAAGACGCCGCAGAGCGCGCUUUUGACGAGAUUCAGGACUUCAAUGGGGUCCGGCCAGAUGGGCCGAUGGCACGAACCGGCAACGCUCCCAGGCGAACGGUAUCUGUGAGCCACCCUCCGCAAGGACCACCGAUGGGCCCGCGAGCAAUGAAUCAGGGCAAACAACGAGAUGCACAACCGUAUCCAUCUAUUUCUGCGGCUCCCGACUCGGCGUUUUCUGAUCAGUCUAGAAUGGCCGUCCCGGCCAGGAAGGCCGUUCCAAUUCAGCCCAGCACCCGUGCGCCACCAGUUGCCAACCCGGCGGCUUAUCAAGGACCGACUACCCAGCAGGGAGUGUUGAAGAAUCCUACUGGAGCAGCACCUACCAAGGCUAGCGUAGACAGUGGACUGGAUGUAAACAACCCAAUAAUGUCUUCUGCUCCAGCCGAGACAAAUCUGCCGUCUAAGCCCAAGGUCUCGUUUAACGUGCCCCCGCCAACACCUCCCCCUCUCUCUGAAUGGAGGACUGCAGCUAUAGCUAGGCUGGGAGCCUCUGAUUUCGACUUCCAACGUUUUGAUGCCGAUCGGAGUAAGGCCUGGUGGGAAACUGGUGAAAGCAGCAACCGCAGACUCAGUCGGGCCCUACCCAACAGCUUUGCCCAGAAGCCGUCUGCUCAGAAGCCAACAAGUAACAAGCGCUUUCAGCCAUCAAUCUUCUUACAAAGCGGACCUCUGCUCCGCUACGCCGGCUUGAAGCGGGUCCGAAUUGAUGGUCCCAAUGGGCCAUUUAACAAGGAGACCUGGAGAGGCAGUGUCCUAAUCGUCACACAAGACUCACUCUCCUCCUAUGAGCCGCGUCCAACGUUGAGGGUGUUUGCUCAGCCCAUGGACCUUCUUGCUCCCCCGCCUGUCCAGGUAGGAGGGGAAACUUCUCAACUGGCACCCGAGUACGUUGACCCAACCGCAGGAUUGAUGAAGUUGGGCCGGGACGGUAGACCUCUGUAUGUCAAGCCUGUAGAGCAUACUGCGGAAGGAGAAGAUCUGUCAUUUGUUGAAAAUGACGAUGGAAUUUUUGAAUUGUCCCCAAGUAUUAUGGACUACAGCAGUGAGGGUGUCAAGCAGCCGGUCCCGGCCAAUCGCAUCCACUCCAUGGACGGAGAGACUGCUGGAAGCUACAAAGAAAUCACAGGCGCUCGUCUCUAUGCUGAUCCCGGACGGGACGUCACGUUCUGGAAAUUCAACAUUGAGAUUGAGUUGGGCCCGACUCAGCAGCGGGUCGCGUACCGUCUGAAUCAUGGACCGGCUCUAGGCUUUUGGGUGCCAGCCAGGGGACAGUCAAUGAACAUCAUGUUCCAUACCGGCAAUGGAUUCAGCCCCGCGGUGGACUCUAACAAGCUCAGCGGCCCAGACCCUCUCUGGCGAGAUGUCUUGAAUGAGCACCAGACUCGUCCUUUCCACGUCAUGAUUGGUGGUGGCGAUCAGAUUUUCAAUGACAAGGUCAUUGCGGAAACCGCCCACUUCCAGGAAUGGGUCAAGAUCAAGAACCUGAAUGAGAAAUACGAGGCGCCCUUUACUGCAGAGUUCAAGGCAGAACUGGAAGACUUCUACCUGGAAAAUUAUGCCUCUUGGUUCUCGCAAGGAUUGUUCUCUCUCGCCAACUCCCAGAUCCCUAUGGUCAAUAUGUGGAAUGACCACGAGAUCAUCGAGGGAUUCGGCUCCUACCCUGAGGAAUUCAUGAACUCGCCCGUCAUUUCGGGACUAGGAAAUAUUGCAUUCAAGUACUACUUGCUUUUCCAGCAUCACAGUGUCCCGGAAGAAACUGAAACUGAGGAGCCUAGCUGGCUGCUUGGUGCCAAGCCAGGACCUUAUAUCAACCAACGCAGUCGGCAUCUGUUCAUGUCGCUGGGUGACGGAGUAGCUUUCCUCGGUUUGGAUUGCCGAACAGAACGAAUGACCGACGAGAUUAUUUCGGAAGAAACUGGCGAAUUGAUCUGGGAUAGAUGCCACCAGGAGAUAGUUCGAGGCGAAACCCGACACUUGAUUGUGUCCCUGGGCAUCCCCCUGGCGUAUCCACGAGUGGCCAUGGUCAAGAAUAUCCUCAACAGCCGGAAAUCGCUUGGAAAAGCAGGGCUUUUCGGCGGUUUCGUGAACAAGAAUGGCGCCAAAGUCGAGAUCUUCGAUGAUCACUGGACUUCUAAGCGGCACAAGGCUGAGCGGACAUAUCUGAUCGAGGACCUUCAGGAUCUUGCGGCAGAGAAAUCCGUCCGGGUGACCAUUUUAAGCGGCGACGUGCAUCUGGCGGCGAUCGGCCAGUUUUACUCCAAUCCCAAGUUGGACGUGCCCAAAGACCGAGACUAUCGAUACAUGCCAAACGUCAUAUCUUCAGCAAUCGCUGACAUGCCCGAGACGGAAAUGAUAUCCGACAUGCUCAACAAGCGCAACCGCGUGCAUCAUAUGGACACCAACACGGACGAAGAUAUGGUUCCCAUCUUUACCCAUGAUGUGAAUAACAAGCCCCGGAACAACAAACGGUUGCUCCCACGCCGAAAUUGGUGUUCUAUUCGGGAGUACAAGCCUGGCACCACGCCACCCGGAACGCCGCCCGAUGCCCCAGCUGAGGAAGAACCCCGACCCGCCAAGCUCAAGAGAACAUUGUCUCUCACUCGCGGGGAGAAGCCUCCCCGGACCGGGCUCCUGCGACGACUCUCCCUUCGGGGCCCGCCUCCCACCAAUGAUUUCAAUCUGGGAGAGGCACCACCUGCGCGUCGGAUGAGCAUGGACGGGGCUUUCCCGACCGCAGACACAGAUGAUGCAGGUGGACCCAAGCCCGGCCCGUUCCUGCGACGACCCACCAACCUCAGUCAGAAGUCCAAACGGGGUGAUGAUGGGCUCGGGGCGUUGAUCAAUCUGGAAGGUGGCCUGGCUAUCACGCUUAAUCUCGAGCUAAACCCCAAGGAUCCGGCAGGGAUCACGACGCCAUACAAGUUGCUCGUGCCAAUUCUACGCUACGAAGACAUGGAGUACGAUCCGCCUGCGGCAUCAGUGUCUAAAGGGUGGAAGAAAUGGCUGGGAGUGCGACGCAAGAAGGCCGACAAAGCGCCGGUGGAAGAUACCGACGUCGAGCAGGGCAUGACGGAUGAGGAAGACGAGGACGAUGGGUUUGAUGACGAAGAUGAUGUGCGAGCGAGGUUCGAGAUUGCUCAAGGAGGCGUGUUGCCGCCGGAGACACUGGUGCCUGUGAGUCCGGAUGCGGGAGAGAUGGGAAUGGGAGGAGAAGAAGAAGAGAAUAAGGAGGUGCCUAAACGGAAAAAGUGGUUUGGACGAUCCAAAUAGAAGGGAGAGAGGUUCGAGAUGCUUUCUGAUGAGUGAUAUGAUUCCACGAGUGACGAC